AAACGAUCUAGAAAUCGGCAGAGUGCAAGUGGCUCUCCGGCAAGGGAAUUGAGGACAUCUGUUUUUCUUUGGUUUCUUUUCCUAAUUCUUUCUACAUUCAAUUGAUUCAUCAUGUCUGUUCGAGUGGUGGCGCGGAUCCGGCCUCUUCUAGGCAAGGAACUCGACAAAGAUAUUAUUGUGCGUGCCGAGAGCAGCCAAGAGGACGGUCAUAUGAAUAUCGUCCGCAUUCCGAAUCCCAAGAACGAAUCGGAGGAGUUUUCCUUCAUGUUUAAUAGUGUCUAUGACAUGAAGACUACACAGGAGGAGCUCUUUACAAGCGAAGUGGCGCCGACACUCAAAUCUCUCUUUCAGGGCCUCGAUGUUACAAUCUUUGCAUACGGUGUGACCGGUACGGGAAAGACGCAUACCAUGAGAGGUGGACUGAAAAUGUCUGAUCGAGGGGUAAUACCUCGACUUCUCAGUGGCAUAUACAGGCGUGGUCGAAAGGUUACAAAGGAUUCCGGGGGCGAGACUUCUGUCACAGUAACCCUCUCAUACUACGAGAUAUACAACGACAAAGUGUUUGAUCUAUUCGAACCGCCUGAAAAACGUUCCCUUGCGGGUCUGCCGAUACGAGAGAAGGAUGGGAAGACGAUAGUGGUUGGGCUAUCAGAACAUGCCUGCGAUGACCUGAAGGACUUCGAAAGGCUGUAUAUCGAGGCGAAUAACAACCGAAGUACCGCCGGGACGAAACUCAAUGCUCAGAGUAGCCGAAGUCAUGCAAUUCUCAUGGUUAAGAUCACUCAGACGAAUGGGGACCAGUCAUUGACAUCGACUGCAUCCGCGAUCGAUCUGGCUGGAUCGGAAGACAACCGACGAACAGACAACGGCAAAGAGCGGAUGGUUGAAUCGGCCAGCAUCAAUAAGAGUUUAUUUGUUCUCUCUCAAUGCAUUGAUGCUAUAGGGCGUGGGGACAAACGCAUUCCUUACAGAGAAUCGAAGAUGACCAGAAUUCUGAGCCUUGGGCAGAACAACGGAAUCACGAUUAUGAUCUUGAAUUUGGCUCCUCAACGCUCCUACCAUCUCGAUACGCUCUCCUCAUUGAAUGUGAGUUCAAGGGCAAAGCGUAUAGAGGUAAGGGAGAUUGAGAAUGAGGUAGUGUUUACACAGCCGCCGAGGAAGGCGCCAUCAAUUACAGGCAAAACUAUCCAACGCCAACCACUGCGGCCACUCGCGAAUGCUCACAACACUCACGUAAACGCGGCAGUACAGAAGGGGACAGAGAAACCGGGGACAGAGAAACCCUUGAAAGCGUUCUCUGUCUAUACAGAUAAAAGCAAGACGGGACCUCGACCGUCGAAUCCCGCGCCUCGAAGGGCAGAUUCUACAGGCAAAAGGCCUUCAGAUCCUUCUGGCAUCGCCCGUCCAACGAAGGUGGCACGAUCCAAUAUGACAGGCGUCAGAACUGGCGCUGAGAUGUCCGCCGCGAAGAUCGAGGAGCUGAUCGAGCGCAAAGUGUCGGAAGCCUUGGCGAAUCGGGCUUUGGAUCAACCAGCCACGGCAGCCCCCGUUGAAAUCAGCGAAGCGGUGCAACGCAGACUUGAAGCUCUGGAGAGAAAGAUUGAGAGCGGUGAGGCCGAGGAAGCGAGAACUGAAGGGCUGCGAUUCUUGCUCAUGGCGAAGCAACAUAAGGAGCGAGGAGAAGAUACAAGCGCAUUGAAGAUGUACGAGCUUGCACUACCUUUCUUCCCGGGGCAAGAGAAGCUCCUGAGGAAGAUAGAUAAUCUAAGGGCAAAGAUACAAGCCAAGCGAGACCAAGCAGCAAACAGGACCUCUGCACCUGUAGAAGUGGAAUGCCGGAAACCCAUCGCUUCUGAAGAGGUUAUACAGCUCCCCACGCCCGCAUCGUCAUUCGAAGCCGCUCACGAAGAGCCUCAAGUGAAGCCACGUAAGCAUAGAGCCAGCGCAGACUCUGACGAUGAAUAUAACGGCUCGAUAGCAGCGCACGAAGAGUAUGAAGACGACGACAGCUUCUCGUACAAGUCCUCCAAACCCAAGAGAUCCAAAUCCAAAGCCGCAAAAUCAAGCCUGCAAAUCUUCGCCGACAGAGACCGGGGCGAAGAAAUGCUCGAGCCCCCAUCUCCACGGACAAGAUACCUACUCGACAUUGUGAACUCCAGAGACGUGGCGCUCAUCAGGGGCCUCAGCGGCGUCGGGGCCAAGAAGGCCCGAGAUCUCGUCGAGUUCCUUGAGCUACAGGACGAGGACGAAGGAGGGGCCAUCAAGACGCUACAGCAGCUGCGUGCUGUCCCGGGUCUGGGUGUCCGAACGGUGGAGAAGGCGUAUGAGGGGAUUGCAUCUAUACUUGCUGCGUGAUCGAGCUACUGAUUCUUGGGGUUCUGGCGUUGCAUUGAUGGAGUUAUGGGGGUCGAUCCUGGGGCCGGUGUAUACAAUCUUGGGAGUUUUUUGUGAUUGCUGCUGCUCUAUUACUCAUCUAGCUGUCUGUCUGUCUGCUUUCUUCCCUUUUUUUCUUCUGCCCUUAAGAUACCUACCUAGAUUCCUAGAGAAGCAGCCCAUCAUCCAUCCAUCUCCUUGUAUCACGUUGGUAAUUUAAUCCGCGUGUGGAGUAGUGUGUUAUGUUAUACCCCGUUUGUUAAUCGACGACAGACACUUUGCAUAUAUACAUACAUAGCUCUUG